AUUCCCUGGAGAAGGGCAUAGCAAAAACCACUCCAAUAUUCUUGCCUGGAGAAUUCCCUUGGACAGAGAAGUCUGGCAGGCUACAGUCCACAUAGUCACAAAUAGUCGGACAUGACUGAGUGACUAAGCACAGCACAUAAAUAAUAUAAAUGCAACACCUCAUUUGUUAAAGUAACAGCUUCUGACUGUUACUUUAAUGAAUGAGAUAGAUUUCUUUUUGAGCCACACAUUUUCUGUUAACAAGCUGCUCAGUGUUUUUUAACUAGAUGAAGUCCCUCCAAUAUGUAUACUGUCCACCCCAAAUUUUCCACCAAUAGGAUUGCAAGACAAGCACAGCAUCAGCUGGUAGUCACUGGCUGAUAGUGUUGAGUCAUAAUCAACUCCACCCAUGCUGGGCUGCAGACAGCAGGGCGGCAGUGGGGACAGUGUAGAGGAUAUCAGCCCCAAAGAGGAAUUCCUCCUCAAGAAGGUUCUUGUUCCAAGAACCAUGUAAUAAGACUCAAAAGCCCUUAGCACAGACUUCCAUAGCUCACCAUCUUCCUUUCUGAAGUUAUAUGGAAAUUCUUCAGACAAUAAACUCUGUCUUGGUGAGGAAGAGUCCUUUAAAGAAACAUGGUGAAUUACUACAAAGUCCUAGGCGUGCCUCACAAUGCUUCCUCCUCUGAUAUUAAGAAGGCCUAUCACCAGUUAGCUCUUCGGGUCCACCCAGACAAGAACUCAGAAAACCGGGAGGCAGCUGAGGAGAAGUUCAAACAAAUAGCAGAGGCCUAUGCAGUCUUGUCAGAUGCUGAGAAACGGGACAACUAUGACAACACCAGAAGGCACUGCAUCAAAAGGGAAAACAGAAGAGAUGGCAGGGACAAGGAUUAUUUGAAGGAGGAACUGCGCUUUGCAAGGCCACGCUGUGACUUUCAAAGCAUCUUUGAAGAUCAAGACUUCUUCUCAGGAGACUGUUUUCCCACUGACAGUGUGGGAGGGGCCAGGAGAGUCCGCUCCUACUUCUUUGAUGUGACCCCCAUCCUGGACACAGGAUUUUCUACUUUUGUAUCCCUGGGCUCUGGGCCGAAUUCCCCUUCCUCCAAGACAUUUGUAUCCUUCAUAAGCAGUGGAAUGGGAAACUUCAAACUGGUCACCACUUACAGCCAGGUAGUGAAUGGCAAGAAAGUAGUUAUAAAGAAAGUUCUAGAAAAUGUGAGCCAGAAGACCAAAAUGGGAAAAGACCACCUAUUUCAUCAUAUUCCUCCACGCCAUGGGUAAGGAGUUGCUGCCGUGUUCUUUCAUGGGGAGACUUUGUUGUGAGGCUGGUGUGUCUGGUGCUGAUCCCAGACAGAACUGGAAUCUGAGAAUGUGUUGAAAUGGAAUGGACAGGGUCUGAGUGAGUGAGUGAAAGUCACUCAGUUGUGUCUGACUUUUUGAGACCCCAUAGACUAUACUCCAUGGAAUUCUCCAGGCCAGAAUACUGGAGUGAGUAGCCUUUCCCUUCUCCAGCAGAUCUUCCUGACCCAGGAAUCUAACUAGGGUCUCCUGCAUUGCAGGGCAGGGUCUAAUUGGUCUAGAUUUCUCAUUUUACAGAAGAAAGGACUGAUGGGCCAAAUGGUCCACAAGGAGGAACUAGGAAGCCACAGUUUGCUUCCAGCCCAAGUCUUCUGCUUCUAAACUGAAACUCUUUCCCCCUGUACUCUAUCUGGGACAGUAGAGACCUCCACAAAUAUGGCCUUCUGAGAGGUGUACAGAGUCCUGCCAUCACAAAUCCCCCUGACUUCUCUUGCUGACUUUUUAUUCUACCCUACCUUCCUGUUAGCCAUUGCCUCUGCCUUGAUGGCCCUCUUCUCUUCUGACCUCAUCCCCUUUCUCUCCAUACAUUUCCAGUGGACUAUAUCACAAUUAGGCUUAGUUGAAAGAGUCACCUAUAUAUAGAUUAAUGUUGUUACAGUGAAAAGUAAAUGGGUAAAGACUGCUUAAAUAUGUUUUUAAAAAUAGCCAGCAUUUUAUCUAAUGCUCAGUAGAAGUCAGGAAUUCCACUUCACAUGUGUGAUCUCAAUAAUCUUUUCAGCAGUAGAGUACUGCUUUCCCCCAUCAUACAAAUAAGGAAAUGAGGCUUAGAGAGAUUAAGUAACUUGCCCCAGGCCCCACCUAAUCAGCAAUGAGAUAGUGGCUUACUCUAAAAUACAGGCUUAUCUACUGAGCUGUAACGUCUAUGGAUUCUACUCAUUUAUUUUUAGAUCUAGGUUCUUGCCCUCAUUGGAAAUUUACACCUGUCAUCUCUAAAUCUUACUUCCAUGCAUGGGUAUUUCAGGAACUUAAGUAGACAAGCAUUUUGAGUCUUAUUUCCCAGCAGGCACUUGGUUAUUCUAACAAGAAAACGGAAGUAAUGUAAAAAGUUUCACUGAAACUAACAAAUGAUUACCACUUAACACAGAAACAAAAACAAAAUCCCAAGGUGUGAAUUAUAUUUUUGUUUUGGAUUAAGACAAAAUCAUGGGAUGUUUUUGUUUGUCUAACUGGAUCUGGUCACACUCCAACUCCUUCAUUUAUAUACAACUACACUCCAGAGGAGCAUUUCCUUGUGGAAAGUUACUGAUGGAGUCUGCAUUAGAAACCUCCGUCUUCUGAUUUCCAGUCUCAUGUCAUUCUAGUAUACUGUGCUGACUGGCAAAAUUUGGGCUUCAUUUGCCUUGCAAGCUUUUAUAGAAGUUAUAUAACAAAUGAAUUAGCUUUCUUAAUCUAAUCUAAAAUAGGGACCUUUCCUAUGUUUGUGAUUUUUAUAAGACACAUUUUUAUGUAGUCUUUUAACUUUUUUAAUCUCAGUGGAUUUUCUGAACUUGAACAAGAAUAUGCCUGCAUCCCAUUGGCAAAGGGUAGCUUUCGGGCAGGGAGAACACUUCCAGAAAGGAAGCAGAAGAUGGGUUUGGAAUGGGAACACAUCCCAUUUCUUUCAAAGCUUAUACUUUUCCACUUAGUAAUCAUUGAGAACAUCCUGUAUGUCAGACACUGUGCUAGGUGCCUUACAUGAAUCAUUUUUUAACCUCCCAAAUCCGUCAGGGGUUUAUUUCCAUUUUACAAGCUUGGAAACUGAGGCUCCGGAAAGUUAAGUCCCUUACCCAGAGCCACACAAUAAGUUGUGGAGACAGAGUUCAGACUGCAGUUUGUUGGACCUGAAAGAUCCCAUUUCCAUUAUGCCAUCUCCACUCCCUUUCAGUUGAGCUGCAAUAGUUUUGGUUUAAGUUUUGUUAUACAUAUGAAUUCUAUUCAUUUCAAAAAUUUUUAAAUGAGAAAUUCCAGAUGGAGUCUUCUUUUACAAACCCUCAUCCGAGGUGAACUGCAGUGUGGCUACCAAACAAAGGAAAAUCAAAUUGGAGCAUGAAACAUAAUUUUCCAUUUUGUCUUAAAUAAAAUCCAAAUUUCAGCAUUUUUCACAGACGUACUUGGCUUUUGACAGAAAUGCUGAGUUGUAGAAGGACUUUUUGCCAACAAAGAUAUAAAAAAUUUCAUUUUCAGUUAGUCAAGGAAGUUUUCUUGUAUAGAAAUGAAAGC